GCUCUGAGGCGACACAUUCCGGAAAGGGGAAGAAUAGCCAACAUGGCGGCGGAACGCGGCUCGGGGCAGCAACAGUCGCAGGAGAUGAUGGAGGUCGACAGGCGAGUCGAAUCGGAAGAGUCAGGCGACGAGGAAGGGAAGAGGCACCGCAGCAGCCUUGUGGCGGAGCCGAGUGCACAGAGCCUGAAGGACAGAGAGCAGAGCGGCCUGGAGAACCCCGAAGAAGUGCAGGAGCUGCCCGUGGACAUGGAGACUGUCACCCUGGAUGGGGACGCUGAGGACGUGGAUCUGAAUCACUAUCGGAUUGGGAAGAUCGAGGGGUUCGAAGUGCUGAAGAAAGUGAAGACACUCUGCCUCCGCCAGAACCUGAUCAAGUGCAUCGAGAACCUGGAGACGCUGCAGAGCCUACGCGAGCUGGAUCUCUAUGACAACCAGAUCCGGAGGAUGGAGAACCUAGGGACGCUGAUGGCACUGGAGGUUCUGGACAUUUCUUUCAACCUGCUGAGGAGCAUCGAAGGCCUCGACGAGCUGACCCAGCUGAAGAAGCUCUUCCUGGUCAACAACAAGAUCAGUAAGAUCGAGAAUGUCAGCAACUUGCGUCAGCUCCAGAUGCUGGAGCUGGGCUCUAACCGCAUCCGGGCGAUCGAGAAUAUCGACACACUGACCAACCUCGACAGUCUGUUUCUGGGCAAAAACAAGAUCACCAAGCUCCAGAACCUGGAUGCCCUCACCAACCUCACUGUGCUCAGCAUGCAGAGUAACCGGCUCACCAAGAUCGAGGGCCUGCAAAGCCUGGUGAACCUGCGGGAGCUCUACCUCAGUCACAACGGCAUCGAGGCCAUCGAAGGCCUGGAGAGCAACAACAAACUCACCAUGCUGGACAUUGCGUCAAAUAGAAUAAAAAAGAUUGAGAAUAUCAACCAUCUAACAGAGCUUCAGGAAUUCUGGAUGAACGACAACCUCAUCGAGAGCUGGAGCGACCUGGACGAGCUGAAGGGCGCCCGCAACCUGGAGACAGUGUACCUGGAGAGGAACCCACUGCAGAAGGACCCCCAGUACCGGCGCAAGAUCAUGCUGGCCCUGCCCACCGUCAGGCAGAUUGACGCCACCUUUGUCCGGUUCUGAGCCCUCCUCGAAGGCACGGCCUCUCCACGGCCCGUCGCCUGCCUGCUGCUCCUGAACGCACAGCACGACCGUGCACCAGGGCCAAUAAAGGCGCUGCGUGUAACCAACAGGCCUGGCGCCCUGUCUGCUCUGAGCGCCGUCGCUCUUCGUCUUGGGCACUGGUGGCCACAAGGGAGGCUGCCCGUCUGCGUCGCGCCCACGCAAGGCCGGCCGCCCUGGCAUUGUGCCUAUGUCAGCCCAGGGCUCCCUGCACCGGGGGCCGGCUGGUGCCAAGUUUGAAAAUAAUUCUAUCUAAGAAUAAACAGAUACUGAGA